UCGUCCCCCCCCCCUUAGCGCAGCUGCAUUUGUUGAUACAGAAGUAAAAAUUACUUAACUGAUUCAGACUAAUGAUUGAGCACCAUAUUGACUAACCGGUCACCUGACAUAUAAUGCUGGAAAGCGGCAUGGUGCCACCUCGAGGGAUAAUCCGUGUUAUAAACGUUGCCUUGGUGAUUUACAUUAAAACUUUUAAGUACUCAGUUGGCGUUUUCAACAUGUUGCUUGUACAGUACAUCCGCACAACCAAUUACCCGUUUAUGUUGUAAUUAUGUAUGUGGAUCUGAUUUAUUGGCAGAGAAAAUGCAUCUUAAUUGCUUUCCAAGCAGAAACGUGAAAAAUUGUCAGUGGAAAUGGCGGAUGGCAGAUUCAUGUGACCAUAUAAAGUUGCGUCAAAAGUUGGAAUGCGAUGUCGCUUUGAAAUAUCAUACUUCUAUUUUUUAUUCUUAUGAUUUGUUAGCAUGACUUCUCAAUGAAUUGACUACAUGUAGCUUCUUUGGAUCUUGCGUAGAUAAUAGACACAAUUUAUUUAAAUAUCACAACCUCAUUUUUCAUCAGGAAAAUGGCUUACUGUCCGGAGAUUUCAUUUUAUCUUCUGAUAUACGUCGUGUAUAUGAUCCUAGCUACACCAGCCCCCUCCAAGGCACAAGUUAUAAAUGGAAGUAGUCUCAGUGCAGAAGGGCGACUGAUCAAGGACAUGGUUGAUUCUGGCUAUGACUCAAGAGAGAGACCGUUACGUAACAAUCUCGAUAUCGUCUAUGUGGAUUUGCUCUUCGUCUUAUUCGCAAUGUUUGAACUGGAUGUCCGUCGGCAAGUUGUAAGUGGAUCAGCAUGGAUUGAAUUGAUGUGGGAAGAUCCAAGACUGUCAUGGAAUGAGACGGAGUAUGACGGGAUUCAGUAUCUCAAUCUUGACCCGGAAACGAUCUGGAUGCCACGGGUCAUCAUGCAGAAUUCUGCAAUGGAAUCGGUGGAGGACCCGUUCGCCAUGCAUCACAGCUACGCAAUCAUCUUCUCUGACGGUUACGUCCGGAUCACAGUCCCAGCCCGUUUCGUCACAUUCUGUCUCACCGACGUCGUCAACUUUCCGUUCGACAACCAGACAUGUACGGUAACAGUCAGCAGCCCGAGCAUGCCUGGUGCUUCAUUCACGCCCCGGUACCUGACGUCGAAGUUGGGGGACGUCGCGAGCAACCAGUGGGAGAUCGGCCUUGGUGACGUGUACGAAAGUGUCCACAUGGAUCCCAGGAUCAACAUGAACUACUCGAAGGUUCACUUUGAGAUCACCCUGAAGCGAAAGCCGUAUUAUUUCGUCAUCAACCUCGUGCUACCCUCGUCCUUGAUCAACGCGAUGUCUCUGGUCGCGUUUUGGGUUCCUCUGGAAUCUGGGGAGAAACUCUCGACGGCCGUUUCGCUCCUGCUGGGCGUGGUCGUCUUCCAAAUCGUCGUGACCGAUAUGCUUCCGGUCAGCGACGGCCAAAUGCCGUUGCUCGCUCGGUACAUAUUCGUCAACUUCCUCGUGUCUUGCGGUUGCGUCCUCAGCUGCGUGAUAACUCUCAACGUCUACAAGAGCCCGCGCAAGUUAAAAAGCCGUUUUUGGUGGUCGUUCUGGUUCAACUUCCUUGCAAAGAUUGUCUGCAUACGAAACAACUUCAGCAAAGACGAAAAGGAACCCGUUUCUGUAGACAAUCAAGCAGCACCUGGGGAAAUCGGCUCUGGUCAGUUGUUAUGGAGAUACAGGCACGGGAGGGGCAUUCCGAACGGUAACCAUAGCAACACAUCAUUGCCGCUAAGUAGCCCACCAUCCAAUGAUAGGUGUCCAUCACAGACCAGCGUUCCCUCGACUUCGGGAAAGGAGCAAGAAAGGGACGAUGAAAAAGAGGAGAGAACGGAAAUGGAGGUCGUCGCCGAGAUCAUCAACCGGUUCAUCUUUCUCUUGUUCUUCAUCUUGUACUUAUGUUUCUUGAUCUACUGGUUUGUUCUGCAGAACAUCCUAUCCUCGCCUAUUUCUACCUGAAUACAUUGGCGGCGGAAGCAAAAAAAAUUAGGGGGGUCCACCUGAAUUUUUUUCACCUUGUCUCGCAAUGUAAUGUCCUAAUGGGGAUAGAUGUUUCUUACACCAAAGUUUGAUUGAUGAACAAUUCAUUGUCCCAUCGAAGAGGACGAUGUCUUAAACUUCCUUGAUGCUUUCCUCUAUCUGUUGCCUCUAAAAAUAUUUUUGUCUAUUAAAAUGCAUACUUACAGUGGUUUUGCUUUCUCCUACUUCAUUAAGCCAAACAGUCUAACCUUCAAUUUUCGACCGUGACUAAAAUUAUAUAUGUCAAUAUUUUUCUUUUCAUCAUCUAGGAAGUAUUGCAAAAUACUUGUUAAUUAUGUAAAUGACUCAAGCAUGACCCAGCACUCAAGCAUGACAUAAAGUGGCAAUUGCUUCUAAAACUUAAAUAAAUUUGGGAUUAGAAUCGUGUUUUUGGAAAAGAUGCUUAAAUAUAACGGGCAAGAAUUGUGAAAUAGUCAUCUCAAUUAGGUUGGAAGCUACAUGUCUGUUUUCUAUUUUAACCGUACUUUUUGAUGAC